AUGGCAGAAACAGAGAAGGGAACGAUCGAGCGUAUCGAGACGCGGUCAGAUUACGAAUCACCUACUCGACAGAAAGGCAGCCCUCUUGAGAAGACUGACACUAUCGAGGCGAUUGCCUUGGACAACCAUCAUGCCUUCAUGGGAGAUGACUCCGAUGGCAAAGUUCGAUGGACAACCAAGAAGUUGCUCGCCGCUGGCUUUCUGUCAAUGCUGUACACAGGCUCCCAGCUUCCGCUUUAUUUCACUGGAGGUACUCUCAGCUUUAUUGCCGAAGAUCUUGACGCWCAUGAUGCCAUUGGAUGGCUCCCAGUAGCCAAUACACUUGCCAUUGCAUCGGUUUGCCCCUUUGUAGGCUAUCUUCAGGACCUGUUCGGGAAGCGAUACAUUGCUCUCUUUGGAGCGCUUCUUCUCUGUCUCGGCUGUGUCGUUCUCGGAACUGCCCAACAUCUCGGUGCAGGCCUUACAGGUAUGGCGUUGGCGGGUGCGGGCGCUGGUAUUGGUGAAUUGACGGGGUUGGCUGGACUCGCUGAGACUGUGCCUGUGAAGCACCGUGGCUACUCACUUGCAGCUCUCACAGCAUUCGUUAUUCCAUUAUGCCCAUAUGUAAUGUACUCGCAACUAUUCUCCACCAGAGGAUCGAACCCAACAUGGAGGUGGGGAGCAUGGAUCUGUCUAGUCUACAACGGCGUGACUCUGAUCGGUCUUCUCUUCUGCUACUUCCCGCUCGGUCACGCACGUGCGGCGGGAUUGAGCACCAUGGCAGUCGUCAAACGUAUCGACUACGUCGGCGGGUUUGUAUCGAUCAUCGGAUUGACACUAUUUCUUGUCGCUCUUCAAGCCGGUGGCUACAGUCAUCCCUGGACGAGCGCAUACAUUCUCUGCCUACUCCUCUUUGGCAUCGCCUUGAUUUUUGCAUGGAUAGUCUGGGAAGGAAAAUUCGCCCGUCACCCCAUGAUUCCCAAAGAACUCUUCACAGGCCAGAAAGUCGUCGCGCCCGCUUUCGCAGUCGCUUUCGUCGCAGGAAUGAACUUCUUCUCCCUUCUCAACUUCUGGCCUCUGACCAUCUCCAACGUCUGGUCUCCAGAUCCCAUAGCGAUUGGAUGGCGUGGACUUCCCGUUGGACUUGCCACGGCAGUAGGAGCCAUCUUUUGGAACUUUCUCCUCAGCGCCUGGACAGGCAACUCUAGAUGGGUACUUUUCAUGGCUUCCGCUAUGCUCACGGCUUUUGGAGGCGCUUUGGCCAGCAUGGAGCCUGGCAAUGCCGCUCAAUCCGUCACUUUGGCUUCCUUUGCUGCUUUUGGACUAGGAGGUGUGAUUGUGCCGGCUGCUACUGUCGCCAUGGUUGCUUGUCCGGAUGCUCUCAUCACGACUUGUGCUGCGUUAUCCCUGUCUGUCCGUGCCGUCGGCGGUGCCAUUGGAUACAGUAUUUACUACAGUGUGUUCAACAAGAAGUUGACCUCCCGCCUCCCGGUCUUGAUUGGAACGUACGCUGUUGGAGCUGGUCUACCUUCCACAAGCGUCGAGCUAUUUGUUGGAACAAUGCUCACUGCGCCGGCAAAUAUCUCUUCUGUCCCGGGCGUGACUCCAGAGGUACUGGCAGCUGCGACUUUGGGAAGGCAGUGGGCUUAUGCAGAGGCUCUCCACCUUGUUUGGUACGUGAGCAUUGCUUUUGGGAGUCGCGGUGGAUCUACACUGAGCUCAUAA